AUGGGUUGGAUCGGAGAGACUGUGGAUUCCAUCAAAUCUCUUCAGAUCCGCCAGGUUCUCACCCAGGCUGUUAGCCUCGGUAUGAUUGUUACGUCCGCGCUGAUAAUAUGGAAGGCAUUGAUGUGCAUUACUGGCAGUGAAUCUCCUGUUGUUGUUGUUCUUUCUGGAAGCAUGGAACCAGGAUUCAAGCGGGGAGACAUCUUAUUCCUCCAUAUGAGUAAGGAUCCAAUUCGGGCAGGAGAGAUUGUUGUGUUUAAUGUCGAUGGACGUGAGAUUCCAAUUGUUCAUCGUGUGAUUAAGGUACAUGAAAGGGAAGAUACUGGAGAGGUUGAUGUUCUCACAAAAGGAGAUAACAAUUAUGGGGAUGACAGGCUAUUGUAUGCUCAUGGUCAGCUGUGGCUGCAAAGGCACCACAUUAUGGGUAGAGCUGUCGGGUUCUUACCUUAUGUUGGCUGGGUGACCAUUAUUAUGACUGAAAAGCCUAUUAUCAAGUAUAUUCUCAUUGGUGCUUUGGGCUUGCUCGUGAUAACUUCAAAAGAUUAA